AGAAAAUUACAGAAAUGAUACAAGUAAAAAGGAAGAAUAAUGAUGUAUAUCAGCUACAAAAUUUACAAAAAUGCCAUUAUUAAUAAGGUGUAUUGUAGACGGUUGGAUCUGAUUUAAUCAAUGGGCCGAAUUUAUUCUUAUAUACAAGAAAUUUAUUUUAUAAAGAGGAGUGUUUAUAUUUUUGGUGGACCGAUAUAGCAUUGAAAAUUUUACCCUACACCCUAGUGUAGGAUGUGUUGCCUACACCCCCCUAUGCUACGUCGUUUUGCGAUUCUUUCCUUUUUUUUUUUCCUUUUUUUCCUUUUUUUCUUUUUUUCUUUUCUUCCUCUUUUUUCCUUUUUCCUUUGUUUCUUAUUAUUCAAUUUAUGUAUAUAUAUGAUUUUAAACCCUAUUUUUUCUCUCUCUUCAAUUGAUCAACCUCCAUUUUUUAUCUACAUUUUUCUCUCGCUAAUUCAUCUUCUUCAUUUGAUUUUUUGAACGAAUUCGUUAAUUGUUACCGAUCAUCAAUGGCGAAUUCUGCAUCUGGAGAUUGCGUUGAUUUUGAUCGCGAUUGCGAGCGUGUGUUUCCUUCUGGACUUCGUUUUGUUGAUUCGUUUGUGCAACAAUUGGAAAAAAAUGAUGAUAUUAUGUAUUUAGAAGCAGAACAGUCUGAAUUAAAGGAUAAAGAAUUUAAAUCUGAAGAUGAAGCUUUCGAAGCGUAUAAUGAAUAUGCUUUUAGGAAAGGUUUUGGAAUUCGAAUUGGGAAGAGUAAGAGAAGAAGAUAUGAUUCUUUUUUGAUGAAAAUAUUUGUUUGUUGUAAUGAGGGAUUCAAAGAUAAUAAGUGUAAGAAUAAAAGGAUUUAUGAGAAGUUGGAUCAUCGAACUGGUUGUUUAGCUUUUGUGCAGUUUCAUAUUGAUCAUUUAGGGGUCUAUACAUGUACAAGACAUGAAAUGGUUCAUAAUCAUGCUAUGAUUCCUCCUGAAAAAAGGCAUUUGAUAAGGUCUCAAAGAGAUGUGAAUAAAGAGCAGCUUCUUUUCAUUUCAACAAUGAAAUUGAGUGGAGUCAAAGUUACUGAUUCUUUGAGGGUUCUAAAGAAGGAGGUUGGGGGAUCUCCUAAUCUUUGUUUUACUGCUUAUGAUGCUUAUAAUGCAUUGUCAUCUGAAAAAGCUGCCCAAAUUGAAGGAUGUGAUAGUAACCAAUUGAUUAAAUAUUUUGCCAAGAGACAUGUGAAUGAGACAGAUUUUUAUUAUGAUUUUGAACAAGAUGAUAGUGGUGCUUUAGUUAGUUUUUUUUUGGCGUGAUGGUAGG